AUGAUUGUGUGGGUCCAGCUGCCGGCCCUGAAAAUCCAUUUCUACCAUAAGGAAGUGCUCACGUCGUUGGGCAACUUGAUCGGAAGGACGAUCAAGCUCGACUACUAUACGCUUACUCAACAACGAGCAAAGUUUGCCAGGCUCGCAGUGGAGGUUGAUCUAUCCAAGCCCUUGGUCCCAAGGAUUUGGUUGGAUGAUGAUUGGCAAAAGGUUGAGUACGAGAAUCUUCCCAUGGUGUGUUUCGAUUGUGGCAAGAUCGGCCACCAGUCUACCGCCUGCCCUCUGCUUCGACCAAUCUCUAUGAUGGCGAUCGUGACCGCCGGUGGCGGAGAUACCCAGCUGGUUCCGGCGGAGGAAUCGUUGGAGACUAACCCGGGGUUCGGUCCCUGGAUGCUAGUUUCACACAAAUCCCGGCGGAAUUCAAGGGAAAAUCAAGGAAAAGGAAAAUUGGAGAAGGAAUCAGGGAGCCAAAUUCAAGGGAAUUCAAAUAGAAAUGGAAAGGGAGUGAGCAAAAUUAACUGA